UUGUCCAUUUGAGCCCCACCCAUCAUUGUCUAUGGUUUGCAUAAAUUUUGACCACUAUUAUUGGAAACAUUUGUUCAUGGAUAUACAAAUGAUAUGCAAGAAUCAAGAUUUUGAUAAUUGAAGCAUUUUAGAAAGCCUCAAUGUCUACCUUUUGUAAAAGAAAAAGUUUGUUUCUUUCUUUUGUUAUUAAUUUUAGUGGCUCUUGUGUAUGAACUCCACUUUUGUUUUUCCUCCAUAAAUACCCUUCUUCAUGGCGUGUGUCCUCCACAAUUCUCCUUCAAUCUUCCAAAAAAUGGAGCCCAACAAGUUGAAUCUAACCAAUUUGGAGCAACAAUCCGGGUCCGAGAUCCAAACCAAUGAAUUCGACUACUCAAAACGCGCACAAUGGCUACGAGCCGCCGUGCUUGGUGCCAACGAUGGGCUUGUCUCGACCGCGUCGCUUAUGAUGGGAAUCGGAGCUGUGAAACAAGACAUCAAAGCCAUGAUCCUCACCGGGUUUGCCGGGUUGGUGGCCGGUGCGUGUAGCAUGGCAAUCGGCGAGUUUGUGUCGGUUUACUCACAAUUGGACAUUGAAGUAGCUCAAAUAAAAAGAGAGAAACUACAAAGAAGAAAUUUAGAAGGACAAGAGCAAGAGAGCAAAGAUGAUGAGAAACUACCAAAUCCACUCCAAGCCGCGGCAGCCUCCGCCUUGGCUUUCUCCUUAGGAGCAAUGGUACCACUAUUGGCAGCUUCGUUUAUAAGAGAGUACAAGGUAAGGCUUGUGGUGGUUGUGGCAGCGGUGACGUUAGCGCUCGGCGUGUUCGGGUGGUUGGGUGCCAUCCUUGGAAAAGCAUCCCCAAUCAAAUCCACCAUAAGGGUGUUGGUCGGAGGUUGGUUAGCCAUGGCUAUAACCUUUGGCUUGACUAAGCUAAUCGGAGUAAGUGGACUCUAGCCGCUCCAAUCACAAUUUAAAAGGCUAGAACAACCUCGUUUACGAUUUUAUACUAA